GACUUUUGCUUGGCCUAUUUUAGGGUAUUAGUCGUACAAGCUCGCAUUUAUGUACACUGAAACCGGGCACUGAAUGAAACCAUGAUAGCUAGCAGACGACGCACAAUUCACAGACGUAAGACAGACCAUCAUGCUUUGCGUCUUGGCUACGACCGGAAGUUUGUGUUGACAGGAAUGGCAAUGGAUUGGAAUCUGGCUCAAAAAUAAUUCGCUUUUUUAUUUUUUAUUUUGAAAGUGUUUGAUAAUUUUUCCCGUGUAAUUUCAUCCUUGAAGAGACUGCUUGGCUUAGCGAAAUGCCUGGAGAAAUAACAAAAAUACCGCAGCCAAAAGAGCACAAGGCUAAGAUCUGUCUGUGGGCUGAUUUAGAUGUUCAUAAGUCUGAGGAAAUCAAGGGAGCAGCAAGUAUGGAAGAAGUAAAGAGGAUAUUAGCUGAUCACUUUAUGCUGACUGACUACAAAGAGAACCCUAGAUCUGCUGCUCUUCUAGAUUUGUACUUCUAUGCCACACAAUUUGCAUUGAACCAUAAUUUUACCAAGGAACAGCUUUCUGUAUUCUUUUCCAUUGUAAAGAAGACUCAUAUGGUUUGUGUUGAAACUCCAUUUGGAAAUGUUGAACAGUGUUACGACUACUUCAAAGAACUUGUUCUCUGUCAUGCAGUUUUGAGACCGCCAUGGAGUGUCAACUUGUUUAGUCAUGAGCAUGUCCGUCUGGUCAUCGACUAUGUGGUGAAUACAUACUUCAGACACUUCAAGCUUUACAAGUAUGUCUUCACCCCACUUGUCAAGUUAGACCUCUCUAUAUCAUAUGCUGGGAUGCCAGAAGAGGAAGAACCGCAAACCGAAGAGGAAGAAUUGAAAGCUAUUGAGGAGGAAGAAGAUGGGCCUAUGAAGGAAGACCAGGACCAGGUUACACCUGAAGGACAAGAAUUAGAAAAACCAACCAGUCCAGAAGAAGAGGAAUCUGAAACCACAAAGGAACUCCGUAAGCUGAUCACCACGCAGCUCAACGAUGAACUAUCUAAACUGCGCAUCAGCCUCUCUGACCAGAUCCAACAGAAUAAUGACUCAUUGCAGAAGAAACUUUCCCUGGUUGACGAUCCAGGAAAUGGGAAGGUGGGACGUGCUUCCAGUAAGAGCAAGAAGAAAUAGCAUCAUUUAUUUACCAUGUCAGGACGUUGCGGACUGCUAUCUGCUAUAAGCUACAGAUGGACCGUUAUAAUCUGAUGGGUAUUUCUGAUAAGAGGAAUGUAUGUUGUUUUUAAGUCAGGAAGUUUAAUGAUAAAGUCUUUGUAGUCUGGAGGAACACUGCUGGAGGAUUUGGAUAGACUGCAUGAGCGCCUUCUGCUUUUAUUCAGUUUCUAGAUCUUGUGAUACAAGGUGUUGGCCAUUGACAAGCAUGGUACAACAUAAGAUUGCAAACAAAAAUAAAUACAAAAGGGGCUUGGUGAUGAUUGUGAUUUGUUAAAGUGUAAAUUGAUUCAAAGUGUAAAGCAUGUUGUAGGGAUCCAAAUGGCGUCCGUCCGUGCUUUUAUAAAAAGUGAAUAGUCUAUGUCAGGACAGGUUCCCAUGGGUGUUUCACUAAGAGUUAAAUGUGACAUAAAGUUAUACUUGGUGUCAACAUGCACACAUUGGGUCAGAUGCAUAAAACAUAGCAAUUGCUUUCGCUUGAUUCCAGAUGCAUAAAAAUGAGUACCAGGUAUUAAAGUAAAUGAUUUUGCAAGUUCAAGCAAUGGCUAACAGACAGCUAGCAUUUCCUUGACUAUUAAACUAUUGCUAAAAAGCAUAUCCAUAAAGCGAACAUUUUGCUUGUGCGUUUAAGCACUUGCUUGGGUUUUUCAAGCUUCUUCAGAGCAGCUUGAGUGUUUGCUUGAUCAGGGCAUUCACAGUUUUUAGUCAUGUUUAUGCACUUGAGAGAACCUCAAGGUGUACUGUACCGUAGCCUAUAUGUACAUGUUUUCUCCCUAAUAAGUGCAAAUUAAGUGUCAAAUAUUCAUAUUUAUCAAAAAGAAACAAGUUAGUUUGACACCACGUCUGAGGAAAAGAUGUUAUAGGAAAGAAGCGGUAAUUGCACUUCUGCACCUUUUUGAGUCCUGCCUUUUCUGUGAGCCGUGUUCGCACCAGUGUGAUGUUGCUAUUGUUCAAACCACUAGCAAUUGCUUUCUGAAGGCAAGAAAAGGGUUCAAGCAUUAGCAAGGGGUUAUGCAUAUGAAAUAACGCAAUUGCUUGGCUAGCUAUUGCUUGUGCUUGAAGCAAUUGCUACUUUUUAAUGCAUCUGACCCAAUAUCUAAUACUCAAUUUAACUAAUACAGAAAUGUGCGCGUCCUGUGAGCAUGAUUUGUCCAACACAGCAAUUGUUUUAUAGGAAACGCAUCUUGCAAUUUAAGUUUGAAAUACAGUCACACUUAAAUCUUUGUGAUAGACCCCCCUGGUCUAAUGUCAUAUGGAGAGAGAGAAAUCCUUUUAAUGUCAAUCAAUAUCCAACUUGAAUGGAAUUUCUCUUUCAUCACAAUUCUAUAUGGUAGUUAGUACUGAUCUCAAACAAUCAUAUUUGUAUUGCAUCCGUCAAAAUAAUAAUCUGAACAGGUUAUUGGUCUAAACCCUGUCGUGUAACCAAAGAUGUUUCCAACCAACGUCACAAAAUUGGGCAAAAAUGCCAUGAAUCCUGACAUCUGUCACAAGCCGGUAAUAGUACCCUGAGCCAAAAAUAGUACAGUAACUAUCUACGACUUGAAUCAUGGACAUGUACUUUGUAUUUGCAGCAGUGCAGUCAUAAUUUCUCACUCAAAGACCAGGAUUCUCAUUGUUAUCAAAUUCAAUUACAUUCCCAAUCUGUUGUAUUCAAUACCCAUGACAGAUAUAAACCAAAUAUAUACAGCACUCAAUUGAAGGUUUGGUGAAAGUAUGGCCCCCUCAGUGACGCAAAUGCAGCUCCUCAGAAAUUAGUCGCAUUCUGGCGUCACUUCGGGAUCCAUAGGCGAUUGUACAUAUUUAUUCACUAUCCAGCCUCUGCCCAAGUGAUUCAAAUAUUCCUCUCACCCUCAGACUUCCUGCACAUCGAAACAUUUUCCUCCUCCUUUACUCUUACUCUCUCCCUUCAUCCAUUCUCUCUUAUCCCUGCUCUCUCUUUUUAAUUUCUCUUCUCCCUUCUACCUUCCUCCCCUUCUCUAUCUUGCCUAUCACCUUCCCCUGUCUCAUCAUCUUUCUACCUUUUGUAUUAUAAUGCACAUGUUACAUAUUUCUAGCAACUGAAAGAGAAAUAUAUCGAGUUACUUAUUCUUAUUCCAAUUGAAUUAAUUUAUUUUGUCUUUAUAACAAAAUGUAUUAUAUGUGUUAAACUAUAUUCUGAUUAAAGAUCUAUUUCAAAUUUA